AUUGCGGUUUAAUAAUCGCGUCGCAAACAUUUGCAGCCGGUUAAACACGGAUGCACGCGGAUUUCUUUUCGUUUCAGUGAUCGAAUCGCGUGUUAUUAUCGGACUGAACAACGUCGUAAUGAUGAAUCGCGCGGGUGGAAGAAAAUUCGACGACAGCACGAAGGCGAGCAUGAAAGAUGAGAACGCAAAAUCCGUUAGCGCGUCAUUAACCGUUACAAGAUUCGAGAAGAUUCUGCGGCAGGUCCAGCGUGAAUUAUGCUUGAUCAAAUUAUGCUGGACGGACAUUCCUCGCAUGACGGAGGACCUUUACUUGCGAUCACUUCCGGAUACUUAUAAAUGCGUCAGCAAUAAAGAAAGAUUAUUGCUAUGGUACGCGGAAAAUUUUCGUCGGCAGUUUCAUGUGAAAUAUGCAAGUCGCCGGCCAUUGUUAAUGGCGUGCGAGAACGAAUGUGAUAUACAAAAAUUCGUAUCUACCAGUAUCAGAAGAAGUACGCUGCCAUAUCCACAGCUGCACAAGUGGCAUGGAUGCGCAAAGUUUAUCAGUGAUUACAUCGAUUAUCAACCACCGGAUGAAGUGUUCAAUAUGCCAAAAUACUUGCGAUCGCCGACAUGGGUGCUGAAUUUUCAGAUGGGCAAUAGCUUCGAGUGUGCGACACUUUUGGUCAGCUUGUUGCUUGGACAGGGUUACAAUGCGUAUGUUGUAAGCGGAUAUGCAUCGCGCGAGCAAGUGUUGUGCGAUAUGACUAGAAGAAUUUGUCCUUAUCUUCCGGAAAAGGAACAAACACUACCGCGUACUGAGAUGCCUAAAAUCGUCAAAUAUCAAUUAAAAGCACCGCCAGAUUUCAGAAGUCAAUUUCUGUUAGAGCUAGAAAAUCGUGAGAGAAAAAGAAUAGAAGACGAUUUGCGACAGCAGGAAGAAGAGCGACAAAGGAUGAUCGCUGAGUUCGAACAUCCGCGACCAGAUAAAUAUUUCGGCAACAGAAUACAUGCAUGGGUGGUUAUUUUACCGGAAGAAAAAGGCGUGCGAGAUCGAGAAAUUACGGAGCCAAUUUUUAUCGAGCCUUCCUCCGGAAAUUCGUAUAAUCCUACCGAGGAUGAAACCAAUUUAUUGUAUUUGGGAGUUGAAAGUGUUUGGAACGAUCAAAAUUAUUGGAUAAAUAUGCAGCCCCGCGAGAAGAGCUGCGCGGAGAUUAUUUGGGAUUUGAAUAAAAUUGAAUUGUGGGAGCAUUUAUUGCCCGGUGAACCGCGAGCUACGCGAAAGGACACGGACGAAGUUGAAGAAGACAUCGGCGUAGAGCAAGAUAAACAUUUAGAUAUGCCGGCUUCGUAUGUGAGUGAGAUUCAUCUUAACGAUUUAGAUUUCGAGAAGCGAUAUCCGCAAGGCAGUAAAACAAUAUUUUACAAAAAGGCUAAAAUAGAAUUAUUCGCACCACACAUAGAAACAGACGGCUUAAUUCAGCGAGUAACAACUUAUGAAGAUUACGAAUAUACCGUUCCUAUUCAAAGUUACGAGAAUUAUUUAAACAGAAGCGACUGCCUUACGGAAUCCAGGAAGCACUUCGAGACAAAUACUGUCACGGAUUAUUUUAUAAAAGGUCGAUUGGAUCACUGCAAAACGCAUCGCUAUUUAGCAUCCGGCAAUAAUACAAUAGACAGCGAAAGCGUAAUUGAUUUUUAUGUUAGCGCGCAAUUUGAUGGAUUAUCGCGCAUUGAAAUAGGCCCACUUUAUUUGACUCUUUAUUACACGGAUCGUGAUGAUUUUCUUUAUUAUAGACACGUGGAAUAUUUGACAGACAAAGGCAAUUCAAUAAUGGAUGGUAUUCAUUUUCGACGUAUCUCUAAAAUAGUUGAAAAGUAUCAAAGAAACAAAGAAAUUCCGGCUUGUAAAAAUAUAGCCGAGCGCGAAUUUACGAUGAUAAAAAAUGAAAUAUGCAUCAAAUUUCAUUAUAACGAAGGCCAAAAUUCCAGAGCAACUCGUACAUUUAUAAAACCAUUGGUAGCAGAUAGAGGAGAUCGUUUAAUAUUCGAUCUUGCAAUGACUCACGGAUACAAUCCAGAUUCAACUGCACUGCCAGAAAAAAAUCUUGAUCUCUUUUACGAUCUCAAUAAACACCUGAUAGAUGAAGAUUAUUCCACAUCUUGUAUCAGAGAUGCCGAAAUCGAAAUUGCAACAUUCCUGAAAAAAAGAGCCAAUGAAAAUAUAAAUCCGCGGCUUACAAUUUCAUUGUUCGAUAAAAAUCGUGUUGUGAAAACAACAGCCGAAUUGGGAACGGAAUUACAAUUCACACAAAAGGAUGCCAUUCAAAACCCAUUGAACCCAUACUUUGCACGAUUUGGCAACCCGCGUUACAUUAGUAAAGCGGAAGAAUACCUGCUGCGCGACGAAUGUGUAAGCGACUUCAAAGAAUUUAUGAUAAAAAAAGCAAGUCAGGUAGUUUCUCGAAUAGAAACAUUAUAUUCACAAACGAAGAAACUUCAAAUUUUGCUGACUCAGUCUGAAGAUUUAUCGAAAACGGAGGAAGAACAGAUGUUAGCCAAGAUUAACGAGAUGAACUUCGAUAUACACGUGCUAGAAACAUACCUCAAUCGGCACAGAGAUAUGGUAUCAAAGAAAUAUAGAUUGUUAUUUGAUCGUUUACAGCAACAUUCGCAACUCCAAGUCCUUCAGAAAUAAUAUUUGAAAAAAAUAUUUGGAAAAAGAAGUUUGCACGGAAAAAAUUAUAAAGACUGCAGAUUGUAUACAAAACCUGUUACAUCAGAUGAUGAUAGCAGAAUGUCAGCAGAAAUGUUACAAAACCUGCUGACAUAAUUUGACAGCAGAAACCGAGUAGGAUUUGCUCGGAAUUAUUACAGCAGAUUGGCGGCAGAAACCGAGCAGGACCUGCGCAACGCAGUUUGAUAUCAGAUUGACGGCAGAAAUCGAGCAGGAAAUCGCGCACUGAUUACGAACACGACUAUGCCGAUUGGCGACAAAGUCAUUUUCAAAGUCAAAACUACUUGAAAAAACUCAAAAAUUAUCGUUUAUUUUAACAUUAUCUUGAUAAAUAUUGAUGUAACAAAGAAAUGUUUCAAAUAAAAGUUGUAGCUCUUAAAAAAAUACAUGAUUUAUGUCCUAUACAUUUUUUGCAUAGAACCAAUAUUUUUCGAAAAAAAUGAGAUAAUACGAAAGACACUCCCCCCGCAUUACGCAGUGUCUUCCGCCUUCCUGCGAGGGGCUCCACCAUCAUAAAACUAUACACAUAGGUUUGGGUUAAAACCUCGCUUUGCGUGGAAAAUUGUAAACCUAUGUGAAACCUCGCUUCACAUUGUACAAUGUAUAGUGCAUAGUGCAGGGGGAGUGUCUCCCCUAUACGUCUUUCCUAUACGUAUUUAUACGCACGAAAUAAAUACGCACGUCCAUCCAUUAUAGGCUUUUGGCUCCUUAUUAAUAUUUUAUUAGUGUUUAUUAGUGUUUUAAUUUAU